AUGAUUUGGACGGCUCUCUGGGUUUACGUGGUCGACGGUUGGGGUCGUGCCGAAGCCCUAACUGAAAUUCCUUGGGAAUCUCUACCUUCAUGGCUCAUUGUCAAUCAUUACUACUGGUUUGCCACGAUACCUAUUAAUGGUCUCUACCGGGAUGAUUGGCUGUUCACCUCCGGUCUUAGCGUAUCAACAGGAAUUGAUAUCAUACUGACGACUUACCUGACGGUAUUGCUUCGGCGUAGUAGGACUGGCUACUCGACUUCCACCGACAGCAUGAUUCGCGUGAUAGUAGUGUACACAAUUCAAACCGGUGCGGUCACUUGUGGGUCGUCAUGCCGAACAAUCUCAUUUUCCUCGCCAUCCAUUUCGCUCUUGGCAAGUGAUACGAAUGUUCAUGUCAUACCCAGGACGGAGGACGGGCUACCCCGACCCAACGACGACUCCGAAGAGCAGAAGGUGGUACAAGCCCCGAAAAAACCAGCGCUAGAAGACACAGACACGGCUGUGUCAGAAGAGUCUUGA